GGUUGCUUGGGUCCGAAUGUGUACCCGGAGGUGCCUGAGGGUGGCUGGGGCUGGGCCGUGGCCGUGGCCUUCUUCGUGGUGGAGAUCUGCACCUACGGGACCCUCAAGAGCCUGGGCGUGUUCCUCCAGGAUCUGAUGACAGAUUUCGGGGAGAGCAACAGCCGAGUGUCGUGGGUCAUCUCCAUCUGUGUCUUCACCUUCACCUUCACCGCUCCUCUGUCCACCCUGCUGAGCAACCGUUUUGGCUAUCGUCCUGUGGUGAUGAUGGGGGGCUUCCUCAUCAGCCUGGGUACUAUCACCUCCGCCUUCACCAGCUCCAUCAAUGAGAUGUACAUCACCAUUGGCAUUAUCUCAGGCCUGGGCUACUGCCUCACCUUCCUCCCCACCGUCACCAUCCUCGCCCAGUACUUCUCCAGGAGGCGAGCCCUCGUCACCUCUGUCGCUUCCUCCGGAGAAUCCUUUGCUAUAUUUGCCUUUGCUCCUGCCUUCACCACACUAAAGGAACACAUUGGCUGGCGCUACUGUCUAGUUGUUCUCGGCAUCAUUCAGGCUUCUGUGAUUGGCUGUGGGCUUCUACUUCGUCCAAUCAUCAUCCAGCCCGUGCCUGUAAAGGAGGAAGAGGAAGCGGACAAACAGUCUCUGUCUCUGAAGAAGCUGGCUGCUGUUUAUGAGCUGGAGAAUGAACAAACCAGAACCUCCAUCAACUCAGGAGUCUCGCAGGGCUCUGAGGAUUCAGGCGUCACGUGUCUGUCCACCUCUAACGGAGACCUGAGGACUGCAGGAGCUGAACCCAAGGCUUUGAUGGAGUGGGAGGUGCAGGACAAAGAGGGCCAGGAGCCGUCAGCGCCCACACCUCCCAGCUCACUCAUGGAGAAGGACGAGGGGUGCAUAGAAGAGGCGGAGGCGGAGGCAGGUCCUCUGCAGCCCUCCAGACCCAAACUCCUGGACUUUUCUGUGCUGAAAGACAGUGUCUUCAUCUGGUACUCUCUGUUUGGACUGUUUGCCACGCUGGGCUUCUUCGCCCCGCAGCUCUACAUCAUUGAGCUGAGCAAGAGCCGUGGGGUGGAGAACAGCAUGGCCUCCUACAUGCUCUCUGUGAUGGCUGUGGCUGAAAUCUUCGGCCGCCUGUCCAUCGGGGUGGUGCUGAACAAAGUGUGCUUCAGGAAGACCCUGGUGCUGCUGGGCUGUGUGGUUCUCCUCUGCCUGGUGCUGGUGGCCUUCACUAUUGUAUGGGAGUUCUGGGGCCUGGUGGUCUGCUGCGCCCUCUACGGAUACUUCAUGGGCACAGUGGGAUCCACACACAUCCCCAUGCUGGCUGAGGAGGACGUGGUGGGCAUCCAGAAGAUGUCGUCCUCUGUGGGAGUGUAUGUCUUCAUCCAGAGCUUCGCUGGUCUUGCUGGACCACCGCUUGGAGGUGUGUUGGUGGAUGCAACAGGUAACUACGGUGCUGCCUUCUACUCCUGUGCAGCGGGCAUGGGGCUCAGCGCCAUCUGCCUAGCCAUGGUGGGACCGGCUAAGUCCGGCAUGUGCCAAAGACAGAGCAGAGAGGAGGAGAAGGGCGAGAGGGCAGAGGAGGAGAACAUGUGUCAGGACGUUGAGCAGACAGACUUUUUGGAUGUGGACUUGGCUCCAGAGCAGAGUCCAGUAAGACAGGCUGUGGAUCAGGGAGCCUCUGUGAUAUGAACCUGAGCAUAGCUGGACAUCGACCUCAGAACUUACAACAUCAACACCAACAAAGCAAACACAAGUCCAGAUGCACUGCAAGAGGCUGCAGAGUCACCAACACUAACCCUGCUGCUGGCUCCAAUCUCAGGUGUCUCUCUCUCUCUCUCUCUCUCUGACUAACUUGAAGCUCACUUCCUGCCAGACAGGAAGCAGUCUCUCUGAGACCAAAGACAUCCAUGCUGAGUACAUGGAGUCACACCUUUCUGCACAAUCUCACACAUCAAUCCUCUCACAACCCACUGCGUAUUAUUAGAAUUAUUAGAAUGGCAACACCACUAUCUCAAGAAAGAAGCACUGUUGUCAUGGAGACCGAAGCUUCACAGGCACACAGCAGUCAUGAUGUAUGUCUGUCACAUCAUUACUGCUGCUGCUUGUCGCUCACGUCGAUGUGUGCGUCCUGACUCAAAGCUACACACACACACACACGCGAGCGCGCAUACACACACGCAUACACACACACACACACACACACAGACUGGACAUCCAGCAGGAAGUCCACCACUGAAUGCUUUAAGAUGUACUCCCCUACAUUGUGACCUGUAGACAAUCUGUUGUGAUGCAUGGAGAAUGAUACUUGCUACUAAAACUUGAUCAUGCAAUCUGUACAUACAGUCUGUCUGAUGCUCUUAUGCACAUUCAUGUAAUUGUAAUUCUAGCAAUAUCUCAGCAUUGUUCCCGGAUCCUUUACAUGAAUGAAGGAGCUCCAGCUUCCUCUAAACUCGUAUUCCUAAUUCAUCUUCUUCUGCUCUAUGUAGAAGUGUUGACUGUGUGUGUGUGUUAUCAUGUUAUCAUGAUGUUGUUGAUGUACUAUAGAAUGACUUUAUUACAAAUAACCACAUAAACUGAAAAGCAAUGACGAUACAUUGGAUCAAGAUAAAGGUUUACAGCACUUUAGCUAACUCUGGCUAACUUUCCCAUGCUAUGGCUAACUAAGUACAAUGACACACAUGUUAAAGUGUAGAAGUAGAGGUGUACAUAUAUACAGUUUAUAUAUACAUUAUAUGCAAAGGAGUGAGGGAAGGAUGUGACUGCAGCCUCAGAUCAUCUCCACACUCUCCUCACAUGACUUGAAGUUUAGCUCACAGACCUUUUACAUCAAAUCACACAGUCACUUCGAUUUAAAUUCUUUAUAAUGAGCAUUUUUUAAAUGUAACUUUUUCAUUUUUUUUAAUUUAAUUGAAUGCCAGGCUGGAUCCUGCCUGUCA